AUGGGCCGCAAAGCGGCCCGCCUUGGCGACGCGAAGGUCGCGCGUGCGUGCGCUGCGUGUGACCAGACGCUCACCAAGGCCGACUUCAGCCGGAGUCAGCUGAAAAAGGGUGGCAUCUGCAGGUGCUGCUCUCAGGCCGCGGCUCAGUCGUCGCAGCCACCACCCGCCCAGGCUGUGGCCCAACCCCAGUCGGCGCAGCCGCGCGUCCAGCGCGAUUCGACGAAGCCGCAGACAGCGGAUGUACAGGACCUGUGUUUCCUCCCUGACACCCCAGCUGUCUCCAGCCUGCUGGCAGUCGGAAGCGACGGCAACGACGGCGACGGCGGCGGUGCAACCGCUCCGGAGGCGUUGUCAUCCGCUGCGCUCGAGGCGGCGCGACUGCGUGCCGUCCGCUCGCUAGCGGGCACGUUUCGGACGCACUGCGCAGCGCUGGGCGUCAAGCGCUCGUGCGCCUUCUUCGAGAAUUGGCUGUGGAGCGCGCUGUACGCCCGCUCCCGCCCCUCGCCGAUGCCUCCCGCGGCGGCGGAGCGGUUCCCGGAGGCGGCGUUCUGCGUGGUCGCUCGCCAGCUCUCCCUCCAGGGCGGCCACGAGGGUGCGGGCGGGAUGCAGCUCUUCGCCUCUCCUCUCAACUGCGCCUUCCCGCGCUUCUGCUCCGCGUCGGCCGACGUCGACGCCGACUUUGGCUCCGCCGGCUCCUUCUUCCUCUACACGCCUCGGCCGGGCGCCUACCUCGCCAACCCGCCCUUCGACCCUGCGGUGGUGGCGGCGAUGGCGGCGCUGCUCGAGGCAUCGGACCUCGCCGGCGAGCGGCUCACCUUUGUCUGCGUCGUCCCUGCGUGGACAAAGCCGCGCGGGCCGCACUUGCCCGCCUGGCAACAGCUGGCCGGCUCGCCCCACACCACGUGCGCUCUCACCCUCCCGAGGGCGCAGCACGCGUACGUCGACGGAGAGCAGCAGCUCCGCGGCAAGGGCCACGCUUGUGGGCGGUCGAGGCACGACACGUCGCUGCUGGUCCUGCAGAGCGCGGCCGCCGCGCGCGAGGUGCCCUUCACCGAGCCGAUGCAGGCGCGGCUCCGCCGAGCCUUUCCCCUCGCUAAUACGGGUGAACACCCGCUCCAUAAAACGGCAAACGGGUGUUAA